CUCGAAUCUUUUGCAUUUGCGUUCCUCCAGUUCAAGAAGGUUGCAGGACUACCAGAAAACAUGGCCACAUCAAGAGGCUCAUGGUUUCGGCUUCCCAAGCCCAAGACCUUCCUUGGACUCAUGUCCCUACAGACAGGCACCGAGAUCAUCACCAUCACCCUCCUCAUCAACAAACUCACGGGUCUGUACGGGCUUCUCGCCAUCCUCACGGGUUUCGCCCUCGACGCGGUACAGCUGUCCAUGUACAUCUACUCGACAGCCGUUCUCAUCACUCUCGCCUUUCUACUCCCGCACGUCCGAAAACAGACUCCCUUCCAAGUCCUUCUGCUAGCCUGGCUGUAUAUCGUGGAUACAGCCCUGAACGCCGCCUACACGGCCUUUUUCGCGAUCGAGUGGUUCAUUGCCAGCGAGGGGAACCCUGCAGGAGACGCAGUUGAGCAGGCGACGGACACGGCGGCGAGCAUGGUUCUUAUUGUGGUAUUAACGCUGGUGAGGUUGUACCUGAUGCUAGUGGUUAUGUCUUUCACGCGGCAGGCUCUCCGCCGCUACGUGGCUGGUGCAGCCCGGGAGAAGGGGGCUAUCGGCGAUCUAUUCGCAGUUGACUCACCGGAGGGCGAGGGCUUGAAGGGCAGACUGGGCCGGGUGAUGGUAUUUGUGGGCCAGGACUACUGGCUCGGAACAAAGGACGAUGAGGAAUGGGUGGGUAACGAGGGUGCGAGGGUGCCGCUCGCAAGUGCUGUGGAUGAGGAGUAUUAGCAGGCUUUAAUUGCAGGCUUGUGUACAUAUGGAGGCCAUUUGUUGUAAUAUAAAGUGUAUGCUAUGGGCAGCAGGAGUUGGUUUUAAUACAGCAUCGACUUGGUUUUAACGCAGCAUACGGUAGACCUGGGCGUUGGCUUUGCGGGAGGACGACAGUAAUAAUGCCAAGAACAUUCAAUGGCAUGGGGUUUUCAGGCAGACUAAAAUUGAUGCUGGCUCAUAGGCCAAGUUCGCUAUUGCAUUGCAUUGAAAUGAACAUGU